AGAGCACACACAUACACACUCAAAGCAAAUCAAGAGUGAAAUAUUGCGGCAGUAGACAAACAGCUGAAAGAAAGGAAUUUGAAAUAACAGAAUUUGUUGUGUGACAUCAAAGCGGAAAUCAUCGAUUUGCUGAACGCACGAUGAUCUCAUGAAUUCAUUCCGAUGGACAUUUUUCGGAUGGUUACUUUUUUGGAGAGUCAGUCUUGAGGUUGUCAUUCGUGGAUUUGCGGCGAUCAAAAAUAAAGUCGAAGUUAAAUUCGACAAGCAUACCAAUUUGCUUGAUGGUCCGGCGUACGAUGUCAAGCAGGCAAUUAUAUCGGCCAUCGAUUUCGUGUUGAAUUCAUCGUAUCAAGACGAAAACCUGGCAUCGCAACUGUCGCAUAAAGAAUGUCUCAUCGACAAGUCUUAUGUGACUGUGCACAUCUCGGGCGAUGUGGAUUUCGAACUGAAUCAAAUGGACGGGAAAAAAUUCGAAUUGACUCGAUUCUUAACCAAGAAUCGUAUUGGUUCGGUCUACGUUUCGUGCAAUGGUCAGAAGCCAAAGGAACAGGACAUUCAAGCGUUUCACAAUCAGUUGAAUUUGUUGCAGUUCACACGCAUGGAUGAUGUGCUCAUCAGUGAACGCAGUUGCCCAACGAGUUCUGAUUUGAAUGAGAUUUUCGUUGGCGCAAUGAAUUUGAAGGAAGUGGUUGAGGGCAUCAAAGUCAGCAAUUUCCUUGGAGCGAAGAGCAGCGCGCGGAGCGACAACGAGUCACGCCUUUUGUUGGUGCUAAAACGGCAAUGCGCUGAGGGUAAAUCACAUCUGACUGAACUUCGAACAUUGGAAGCGGCAAUAUUGAUGAAUGAAAUCAAUGAGAUGGAUUCGAAAUGUUCGCCCGAUAACCACGCUGCUCGAGAAAAACAGCGUGAAAUCGCCUUGCAUCUGCAAGCGGCAAAAUUCGAAAACGUUCAACUUCUUCGUUUUUACAAAUACGCAUAUGCUCUUCACCGGAUUUCAGAAUUGGAAAGUUUGUCCGCCGAAUUUAUGGUUGAGGUCAAUGAUUUGUUCAAAGAAUUCAUGGUGUGUUGGAAAAAGUACACGGAAGACAUGAAAAACGCACGUGAAAUUCAGUGGGAAUACGACAAGUAUGUUCAGAUGAACAAAAUGAAAACCAUGCUUGGCGCUCAUUUCAAUCAACGAGUUACACCCGCCGAAUUUGCUAAAGAUUGUGAAAAGAAAAUUGACGCAGCUCAGAAUCGUCUUCGGAAAAUGCAACAAAAUGAAGAUUACAAGCUGACAAAGCGACUGGCUGCCGAGAUGAGCAAGGACAUUGAAGAUCGACGCAAUGCGGUGAACGACGAGAUUACAAAGCUCAAAGGUCUUGAACAAAAAUGCUUGGACAACGAAAUUGAACGUUCCAAAAGUACACGUGAUUUUGUGACAUUCACAAAUCAGAUGGCACCCGCUCAACUCACCAUUGAACAGUUCUUUCUGCGUCAAACUCUCUUGAAUCCAAUCUGCAUUGAGUCAUGGCGUGCUGGCUUCAUGGCACUGACCUUGGAAACGGCUUACGCCAAGGAAAUCCCGCAAAAUUUUGCUGGAAACGUGUUGGACUUCAUCAACCCGAAUACGAGCAACGAUAAACUGAAUAUUGCUUUGCCAUUGUUGUGUCAGUACUUUGCAAUGUUCUUCUUCAAGACAAAGUCGGUGGCAGACGCAUUCAGUGAGCUCGUCAAGCAUUUCUUGACAGACGGAUUACAUAUCUACACUCAUGUCAUUACUGAGGAUGUCGAUGAGACACGUUUGGCUAACCUGCCAUUCACAUCAUUGGCCGAUCAAGUAUUGAGUGAUGCGACCCAAGCAGAGUAUCCACUCAUCACGAAUUGGUUUAACAACAUUCGCAUUUUCACACAAGCAGAGGCCAAACCAGAAGUAAUUCGUCGGCUAGCGAUCAAACAUCGUUGCAAGAUCAUUUUCAACAAUAAAUGUUUCCACGAAGAUGGCAAUUUCACCGAGAUUUUCAAUGGCAAAACAGUGGUUGGUGCAAUGGAAGAGUUCUUGGUGAAAUGGCAGGUGGUCGCCGUACAGCGAAACAUGAAGCUCAAGUUGCAAGGCGAAAAGUUCAAAAUCGACAAGAAGAAGGCUGCAACGGAACGAAUGCACAGCGAACUCGUGGAACGCAUUGGAAAUUUGAUCACAAUCGCAGAUGGCAUGAAGGAUAUGGUUCGAAAUACGGAUAUGUUGGCAAAGUAUGCGGAUCUUGAGAUGGAGCAAAAAAUCCAGACUGAGAUCAAUCGAAAGAAAAAGGAAUUGCUUGAGGAAGGUAAUGCAACGCCACACGUCGAAUUCAAGGAAACAGCACAGGUGCCACAGGUUGAAGCGAUCGCUGUGGAUGGCUCCAUCAUAAAAUUUGAGAAGAAUGCUUUGAAAAUUGUGGACAGCUUCAUCACAACGAUGGUUGCAGCGCACCCAGAUGCCCUCGCAAAGCUCAAACCCGGAAUCGAGGAACUUCAGCGUGGCUUAUCGGUGCUAGAAACCUUCGAUUACAAGCGGCAAUUCGAGGUAACGAUGGUGCAGUCAAAGGAGGACUUGAAAGAACUGUGCAUUGAAAUUGAUCGCAAGGUUCAGGAUCACAGCGAAAUUCUCAAGCAAUUGAAGACAAAGACAUCACAACUUAAUGCCAUCAAGAAAUAUCCACAGCUGGUGAACAUGCAAAAGGCAAACGAUUUGGCCGGAUUGAGCUUGCAGAGCCUACGCGAUCAGAAGCAAGCGGCAUUCGGUUUUGUGCCAUCAAAGGCAUUGCUAUUGCCAAAACUCGAUGCUGAUUUCAAACAAUUCCAGUCGGACUAUGAAGGCGUCGAUGAAUAUGAUGUGAAUAUGCCAAAAGUUCGAAUCAACGUCGUCAAAAUGAGCACCGAAAUGUUUUUGGUUGCUUUGUACUUCUACUGCUUACAGAAUGUGUUGAGCACUCUGAACGAAACGAUCGAUGGUCGCGACGAAGUCAUUGGAUUGGAAAUUGAUUCGAAGAAUGGCAGUGUCUACAUGUUCCCUGAUACAACCGUUGACGAAGCAUGGUGCAAUCAAUUCGCGAUAAAGAAUCUGUGUGGCUUGACUUUUGUCGGCAAGAUGCGUGAUAACAACGAUACCAUCAUCACAAGUGACUUGCUCAGUGUGAAAAGCCCUCGCUUCUGUUUGCUUCUUCACAUGAUUCUGUCCGUAUGGAAGAAUCCAUCGGUAAUCAUCCUGAACAAGAAUAUCAUUGGUCACCCAGUCGACAGUUUACGGAAAAUCAUCUACACAUUCCAGCUGGUGUCUGAAAUUGAUAAUCUCGCCCGUGGGCCACAAUUUGCCAGCCGUCAAAUGAUUGUCGUUGAAAGUUCUCCCGGCUGCUAUCGUGAACUCUUUCAGCACAACCACAAGGUCAUUCAGUGCAAUAUGGAGGGAAACAAAGCAUUCGUUACGUACAAGAAUGUACGAAAAGCAUAGAGAUUAAGACAUUUCCACAUGUUAGCCUUUUGUUGCGAAGGGAGUACAAGUGAUGAGAUGUAACCGACAUUGUUGUCUAUGACACUUUAUUAUAUUGUUUUGGAUUAAGAUUAUUUAUAGCGCUUCCAAUGACGUAUCAUGUAUUUUGUUUGAAUUUCAAUGGAAAUUGCAUUUCAUUACCUUUUUUGACAUUUCGUACAGACCGUUUUAUAUUAUACUCUUUAUCAUCAAUCAAUUUGGUUAUGUGAAAAUACAAACAAAAGGAGAAAAAAGAAAUGGAAGAGAAGAAAGAGAAGAAGAAGAGAUAGAUCAAAUUAAAUGAUGUCAACAUAUGUUAGUUGCAAUCGCCAUAUCAUUUGAAUUGAUAAAGUCCAUGCAGAUAAACAGAAUUCAUAAAAAUACGAACAUAACCUAGAAAUAAUCAUGAACAAAUCAAUCAAUGACAGGGACUGAAAUUCUCAUGCGUCCGAGCUAAAAAUUCACGUCUUUUUUACAAGUAAAGUGAACAAAAAUGCAUCAUUUUCCAAAAUAGAAAUAGAUCCGAGUUGAUUCGCAUUAGUUUUGCUUGAACGUUUCAAAAAUACAUCGUACAUAAACCGAUGAUAACCGCAUACAAUGAGCUAAAAUAAAAGCAAUAAACCGUGAAAGUAAUCCAACUGUCAUUCCAAAACCAAAUGUCACUGAUUUCAAUAAAUAAAACAUUUCGGUUUACAAAAAUAGUAAAAAAAAAU